AUGCCAUUUCUUUGUUUCAUGAUUGAUCUUUCUUUUUCGGAUUUGACACAUCGUAUGAACAUUAAAUAUCAACUCACCUUUGUUUCUUCAAAUCUGAGUUUUUCAGAUUUGAAACAACUAAGAGAUUUAUUUAUUGAAAUUAAAAAAAUUUGUGGAAAUGAAGAUUUUGAUGAAGGAAGUGACGAUUUUGCAAGUGGAUAUACUAUUUUAAAUAAUAAAGCAGCUUCUGAAGCUUCAGAGAAAAAAAUAACAGAAAUAGAUGAAUCUGAUGAAUCUCCAAAAUUUCCAACUUUAACUCGAACACACCGUUUCCUUGAAAACGUCGAUCAAAGAUUUUGA